AUGAAAGUCGUCAUAAUCCCGCUUAAAGAACUGGAUGCACCUGGUUGUAAUUACUUUCAACCUAGUCAUGCUUUCAACGCAGAGUGGUGUCUUGAUCUCCACGGUUUUCUCAAUCGCGACGAGUUCAACACUCGACUUAAUGAAAUCAACGACUAUAUCAAAAAGUAUCCACUAUUGAGCGAAAAAGCGAAGAAUUUUCUUAAGUCGGUCUGCAUCGGAGUUGCCGUGCUCGUAGGUCUAUUCUUUAUUUUAGCUCUUCGUUCCGUAGACUAUCAAGUUACUCCUUCUAUAAUCGUCGAAGUCUGCAAUUUUAUCGGAUACUGGGUGGGUAAAUAUUGGAUCGAAAGAAUAGCAAAACGUCGAGCAAAAGAAUUCACUGCUGCCUUAAACAGUUUGUUCGCACGAUACAACAUAAAACAGAAGGAAAACCCAACUGCCAAUUGGAGGCUUGUAUGGCGCUCUAGGCUCAAACAUUUUUCAAUAAGUAUGCAAACAAGCAAGGAUGGGAGGAGCAUCAAAGGGCGAGCCACACCGAAAUAUGCCGAGCAUGCAGAGAUAGCGCUUGAAAUUCAUGACGCCCUCUCUGAUCUUACCGCUAAUACCGUCCGUGUGAACAUUGCGGCGGACGCCAUUUCUUAG